CUCUAAAUGUCGUGCUCGCUCCGCCUCAUGGGAGUAAGUACUAGUGUACUCCACUUCUUGCAUCAUUGUUUUUCUUUUUGAAUUAUCAUGCUAUCGGUUUUGCGACGGGCUAUUGUACAGCAGACUAGAGGAUUUGCGACGAGCAACAUUGCUGUUGACGGUUUUACCGGUGCAGUGGGAAAUACACCAUUGAUCUAUCUUAAGACGCUCUCGGAGCAGACAGGAAGCAAGAUAUAUGGGAAGGCCGAAUUCCAAAAUCCUGGAGGCAGCAUUAAAGACCGUGCUGCUGUCGGCAUAGUUCUGGAUGCGGAGGAGAAGGGUCGCAUAAAACCCGGCGGAACUGUUGUUGAGGGUACUGCAGGCAACACUGGUAUUGGUCUUGCUCACGUUUGUAGAGCCAAGGGUUACAAAUGUGUUAUAUUCAUGCCUAACACUCAGAGCCAAGAGAAGAUUGACCUUCUCAGCAUGCUCGGUGCCGAAGUGCACCCAGUACCUGCAGUUCCCUACGAGAAUCCAUUGAACUAUAAUCACCAGGCGAAGGAGUAUGCUGAAAAGCUGGAGAAUGCCAUAUGGACAGACCAAUUCGAUAAUACCGCCAAUGCGUACGCACACUAUAUCUCUACUGGACCCGAAAUAUGGGAACAGACGAAGGGUGACAUCGAUGGUUUUGUAUGCUCAACUGGUACUGGUGGCACUCUGGCUGGAGUUGGCAAGUAUCUGAAGGAGAAGAACCCCAAGACGCAGAUAUGGCUCGCCGAUCCGCCUGGCAGUGUCUUGUACAAAUAUGUCUCUUCUGGUGGAAAGCUCAUUGAGCGUGGCGGAAGUUCCAUCACAGAAGGUAUUGGUCAAGGCCGUAUCACAAAUAACCUGGGCAUUUUUGUCAAUGACCUGUCGGGAGCUCUGCACAUAUCGGACGAGAAGUCAAUAUCUAUGGUGUAUCAGCUUCUUGAUAGUGAAGGCUUGUACCUAGGCGCUUCCUCGGCGCUGAAUGUCGUCGCAGCCGUAGAACUUGCUCAAAAGCUAGGCAAGGGUUCCAAAGUUGUAACUGUACUGUGCGACGGCGCAUAUCGAUACCAGAGCCGUUUGUUCUCCAAGAAAUGGCUAGAGUCGAAAGAGCUAGGAGAUGCUAUACCAGAAAGCCUGAGGAAAUACGCAGUUCUAGAUUGAUCAAAUUGCUGUUAUUACAUUGAUCUAUCAUCUUGUCACAUCCCUGGGUAUACUGAUCUGAACUCUACCGAGGGGCUCAGAGACAAGUAACAAGGCCAUCACCGUGUCAGUCCGUUCAUGAGGUCUUCAUUGCAAAGGGUUGUCGAUGCAGUACUCGCCUUACGUCCUACCUACUAAUUCGGCAAUCAUAGUGGAUACAGG